UACUAAUUAUAAUUAGUAUAAUCUAACAGUACAAUCAAACCCUUAAUUCCAAUCAUCCUAAUUCCCAAUUUCCUAUCACACUUCAACUUUCUCUCUCCUCUACCUUACCCCUUUCUUCUACUUCCCGAGCUUCCUUAUUUUUCCCACUUCCUAAUCUCAUUUAUUUGUUGGAUCAGAUAACCGGAAACCCAGAUGUUUUUUCAGGUUAUAAACAGCUCUGAUCUUCAUUUUUGGUUGUUGACAAUGAUGGGUUUUGUGUUUUUAAGUGUAAUUUGGGAUAAGUUUGAAGGAUAAGUUUGUUUAAAUCUUUAUGUUGAUGAUGUGGGCGCGACCGAUUUGGAUUUCUUACUGUUUGAAUGAACUUAAUUUGGCUGUUGGAUUAGGUUUAUCAAGUGGGUUUUUCGAAGCUGCUUUUCUUGUAUGAAGAGAUAUGGACAACUUAACGUAAAUUUGUUUUUUCAAAAAAGAAGAAAUAUGCAAUUUGUUUAGAGGGAUGAAAAGGUUAGCAGAAGGAUUUUAGCAUGUUGAGACAGAUUACUAUUGCUCACUUAUGAAUUUAAUUGGCAGGGAGUGGUCCAAUGAGUGAUGAGGGUGAAGUUGAGAGUCAGAAUUUGCGCAAUAUUGAUAGGAAGAUCGUACAGAAUGGAACAGCUGGGGAAAACCGGGGUACGCCGGAAGAUGGACAACUAAGGCCCAAUGGAGGGGGACAUGGGUUAGAGGGGAAUGGCAUUGACAGGCUAGUGCAGCAACCUCAGCAUUCACAAGGGGCUUCUGUUCGUUGGGAAAGGUUUCUUCAUGUGAGAUCAGUGCGGGUUCUUCUGGUAGAAAAUGAUGAUUCUACACGUCACGUUGUUGCAGCAUUACUUCGAAAGUGCAGCUAUGAAGUUGUAGAAGCAUCAAAUGGAAUACAAGCUUGGAAAAUUUUAGAAGACAUAGAAAAUCGUAUUGACAUUAUCUUGACCGAGGUGGCGAUGCCUUGUUUCUCUGGCAUUGCUCUGCUAUGCAAAAUCAUGAGCCAUAAAACACGGAAGAAUGUUCCUGUUAUCAUGAUGUCAUCUCAUGAUUCAGUGGGUUUAGUCUUUAAGUGUUUGUCAAAGGGUGCCGCGGAUUUUUUACUGAAGCCUAUACGAAAGAAUGAGCUCAAAAAUCUCUGGCAGCAUAUGUGGAGAAGAUGCCAUAGCUCUAGCGGUAGUGGAAGUGAGAGUGGAACUCAGAGUCAGACACAAAAGUCAGUGAAAUCAAAAAGUGCUGAAAAGUCGGAUAACAACAGCGGCAGCAAUGAUGAGGAGGAUAGUGGCAGCCCAGCUUUGAACUUUGGAGAUGGAAGUGACCAUGGGAGUGGUACUCAAAGUUCCUGGACGAAGCACGCUGUAGAGGAUCAAGUUGAUAGCCCUCGAAUGGUAUCUCAUUUAAAUGAGGUACCUGAGCAUCCUGAUAGUACUUGUGCCCAAGUGAUUAAUCCGAAUGCUAAACCGUCAAUGAGCAAGCUGUUGUCAGUGACUGCAACAAACGAGUUCAGAGAGCAGAAGGAGCCACCUGAAAACACCGGCCUGGAAAAAGCUACGGAUACCCCUGUGCUAAAAAAUUCAGAUCUGCAGCCCAACUUGUCACUUCAGAUUGCCACGGAAUUGAUAGGUGUAAACCAACACAGUGCACCUAAAAUAGACUCUAGCCAAUACAGUGAGCAAGCAAAUAAUAGCAUAAGGAAGUUACAAGAAGUGAAAGAAUCAACUGUAUCCGAGUCUGCAAAUAAGUUUUGCAAAAAGAGAGAAACUAAUGAUAAUGGGGCUGAUGAUAACAAAGAGUUGCCAUCUACAGAACAAGGUUUGAAAAGGGUUAGAGGCGUAGGGGACGUAGAUAAAGCAGUGAAUGACGAAAGAAAUGUGCUAAGGCGUUCAGAGUCCUCAGCCUUCUCCAGGUACAAUGCGGGAUCACAUAAUAAGGUUGUGGAUGUACAAAGUCCAUCUCAGAAAAAUGACUUGGAGAAAAAGAGUGAACUAACACCUAACAUCCAGUCUCAUUCUGGAAGCAAUGCUCCUAACCAUUGCUCUAACGGCACUAGUGUUCAUGUUGACAUAGUUUCUACACCGAACAAUCCAGUUGCUUUAAAGAACAAGACUGAUGAGUGUCCGACAAACAAUUAUCCUUUCUCUUCUGAAACAGAGAAUAUAACAUCUUCCUCUAUGCAAGUAAUGCUUGGAGACAAUGACGGUACAAAAACAAUCAAAAAGGUUCCUCCCAUGUGUUCAACUCAAGAACAUCAGAUCCAGCCUCUGCACUACGAACAACUUACAUCGAACCAUGAGAAAUUGCGAAUCAAAAAAAUGGCAGAACCCAUUCCUCAUUGUGGUUCAUCAACUGUUUUGGGCGAGCUCCUUGAAGGUAAUGCUGGAAAUUAUAGUGUAAAUGGAAGUGCCUCAGGAAGCAAUUACGGAAGCAAUGGACCCAAUGGUAGUAGCAGCGGAGCAAAUGCUGGUACAAUGAAUGCAGAAAGUGACAGUGGACCAGGAGGUAAAAGGGGAAGUGGUGAUGCCAGUGGAAACGGCAGUGGGAGUGGCAGUGGCAGUGGAAGUGGAAAUGGGAAUGCAAGCGGAAAGGUUGACCAGAGCAAGCUUGCCCAAAGAGAAGCUGCCUUGACUAAGUUUCGACAAAAAAGGAAACAAAGAUGCUUUAAUAGGAAGGUGAGAUACCAGAGCCGGAAGAGAUUAGCUGAACAGCGGCCCCGUGUUAGAGGGCAAUUUGUUCGGCAGGCACCUCCGGAGAAUUCCAGCAAGGACACCGACUCUUGAUCUAAUAUCCCUGUUUUCGUGUUAAUAUUGUAGUCAAUCAUCCAUCCUUUUGUGCAGAAAAUAUACUAUUGAUUUAUUCAUUGUGAAGAUUAAGCAUUUGCAUCUAGACUUGAAGUUGUCAUUGUAUUGUUCUAAUGUGUUGUAUACUUUGUGAUGAUUAUGCUUUGUCGAAAUGCUCCUUAUCGGAGAUUGCUUGUUUC